AUGAUCGUUUCUGGUACACCUGAAAAUUAUGUACACAUUUAUACUGCGUUUACUUUAUUGCUUGACGCAUCGAAUCAAGAUCAUAUACUAGCACAAUAUUAUGUUGGAGCAUGUUAUCUAUAUGGUCGUGGUAUCACAAAGAAUGAAAAGUUGGCAUUCGAAUAUUUUAAAAUAGUAGCUGAGAAAGAUUUUGCAGCAGGACAAUUACAUCUUGGUUAUUUUUAUGAAUAUGGAAUAUGCAUUGAAAAGGAUUUAAAAAAGGUUAUCUAUUGGCAAGAAAAGGCUGCAAAUUACGGGAAUUUGAUUGCUAUAAAAAAUCUUGGCGUUUAUUAUCGUAAUGGUAUAGGUGUUAAUAUAACAAUUUCAUGUUAUGGAACCUUGAUCCUCCCUGUUGGUAAUAUUGGAAACCCGAUAGAUCACGGAGACGUAAAUGUCAUUAGAAUUGAUAUCUUUUGGAUCCUUUUAAUUCUUCUUAAACUUAUUCAAUGGUAUUGGAAAGUCGAAAUUUAUCCUCGUAACCGAGAAGCACAACAUCCUGUUCAGGAUUUAACAAUUUAA